UGCGCUGGCUGUGCUGGAUCUCUACGCCACCGGCAUGCAGAACCACCUGUAGACACGCAGGAUGUUUAACUGGGUGACGAAAGUGGUCCCCCAACUCCCUGAAGCUCCCGGGACAGACGAAGCUGCCAAGAACUCUUCUGGGAAGAAUUCACAGAAAAACCCAGAUGAGAAUUCAGAAGACGGCCAGUCCCAGACUGGAGUUUUAGGCUGGCUGUCUAAUGGGUUCGUCAGCGCCCUGCCGCAACCUUCUGGCUCCCCUCGACUCGAUGAUGGCAGGUCCGAAGAGGAUGGAGAAAGGGCUGGAGUGAUUGGCUGGGUCGCUCAGGGUCUGACCAAGGUGUUGCCUCAGCCUGAGGAGAAGUACAAAGAGACUAAUGAUGAAGAAGAACACACUGAGGUUUAUGAUGUAGAAUCAAUGCCAGAUUUUGACCCACUCCCACACAUCCCUGUGGUGGAGGUCCUGUCAGAGGAUGAGUCGGAGGUGGCGCCACCCCCUCAAUUCCCUCCCAAUGUGGUGAGCUGGAUAAAGCAGAUGGUCCCUCACCCUGUUAUGGUGCCCCCUGGUGCCGUACCUGUAGAACCAUCGACCAAGUCCACCCGCUCCUCUCUGGAUAAAAUUUUUUCUCCACCACCUGAAUCUCUCAGUGGAAUCUCACUGGAUACUGACGGCAAGACCUCGGGGAUGGUUGGCUGGUUCGUGUCGGGACUGGGUCUGAAGAUGCCUCAGCCUGUUAUUGCACCCAAAGAUGACGUUCAUGAUGCAAGUCAAGUUCUACAGAAAGCUUCGUUCAAACUCAAGCCUGACAUGGUACUAGAAGACGUGGACUCCGACAAUGAGUGCCAGCAGAAAUGUAAAGAUAAGUCCAAAGCCACAGCACUACCCACGUCACUGACUCCACCAUCACCGACAGCUAACCAACAGCAGGAAGCGACGCAGCAGCCGCAGUGCAAUUCAUUGCAGAUUCAGACUUGCACCGACCAAGAGCCAGAGCCAUCACAGAGUGUGUCAAAAUCUUUAGAAGAUGCUGAGACCCAGACGGGCCGCUGGACACCGUUCAUUGAAAACAUCAAGAAGGAGGCCGAAGGUGUAGCUUUGGCUACCAUGGAGGAACGUCUGCAGCUGGAGCGCAUGGAGAUGGCACGCAUGGCUGAAGAGGUGGCCAGGCAGACAGCUGAGAUGGCCAUUAGACAGAUGGCCAGUGAGGGACAGUCCAUCAAACUCUCACUGGGGAGUCAAGAAUUACUGGAUGAGGAGCCUGAAAUAGAGCUGCCAGUGCCAGAGGAAGAGGAGUUUGAAGAGGACCAAAAUGAAGUCCCAGAACAAGAAGAGAGCCCUGCUGAAAAGACCAAGGAACCUGCCACCACAGAACCAGAGCCAAAGGAGGAAGCAGAGCCACAGCAGAACUCCCCCUCUCCACCUCCAAGUCCUGAACCAGUUAAGGCCCCUGAGCCGGAGCCAGAGCCGGAGCCAGAGCCGGAGCCAGAGCCGGAGCCUGAAUCAGAACCAGAACCAGAAACAGAACCAGAGACCAAGACCCAGAAAGUCAGCUCAGAAGCUGAGCCUGUAACCCAGCAGCCGCAGAAAGCACAGGAAGACAGUCAAAGCACCAAAGCUGAAAAAGCUGGUGAAAAAGAGGAGGAAGGCACUGGGGACGACUGUGGUGCUCCAGUCAGCUGCGAUGCAUUUAAAAGCUGCCUGAUGCGCAUCCCUCACACCUCUGAGUGCCUUGGCAACAUCAACGCGUUCUUCAAAGAGAACGGCAUCUCCACUCCCAAAAUACCCCCCAUGCCUAAGCUACCCACCCAGCUAUCUGAUGUUACAAAGUACUUACCCUCCCUACCCUCUUUACCCCCUGAAUUGCGCCAAGAGUUCUCCCAGAUCCGACUGACACAGGUCCCGCGAAAUAUCGCCCAGACUCUGACUGAGCUUUUUCCCAAAAACUCUGAGGGUGCAGUGGGCCCCAGUUUGUCCAAUCUAUCCCAGAGCUUUUCAAACAUCCCGCAGAAGCUCUCCCAGUUCCCCAGCCGAACGCAGCAGUACUUCCUCAACCUCCGGUCCCGCUCCCCGUCUCCAUCCUCCCCCAACGGUAGCACCCUUGAAUUGCCCAAUGUGCCAUCUUACCCACGCCUGCCGCCAAUUGUCAGCCCCCCAUCAAAGCAGCUCAACUCACCGUCCCGCCAGCUGUCAGGUCUCUCUAACCCGGCGUUCUUCAUUGAAGACGACUCAGACGUUCCAGCAGAGAGCUCGAGCCUCAGCCUUCGACCAGCUGUCAAUGUAGAGGAUGUCGACUCAGACCAUGAGAGAGGAGGAAAAGGAGGAGCAGGAGGAGGGCAGGGCAAAAUCCCCCAAAUCCUUACCCCUCAGGAUCCCAAACUUACAACCCUCACUGUCCCUGUGAACCCUUCUGGUGGUCGCCAAAGUAAAGGAGAUAAAGAUAGUGGAAGGCAUCGUAGGACUAUCUGGACAAAGACUAGGAGGAUUCACUCUCAAAGUGAAGAUGAUGAUGAUGAUGAAAGAAGCACCCCUGUCAGAGCCUGGCCCAGCCAGUCCAGCCUGCACAGCUCAGAUGACAUACUGAAAGAACGGCCAGCAUCUUCAGCCAGUCAGACCAGUACCGUGGUCAACGAGCGUCUUCAGGAGCUAGUCAGGAUGUUCAAAGAGAGAACGGAGAAGGCAAAGGAGAAACUCAUUGACCCUGACAGCUCAGAUGAAGACAGCAUCAUCCCCUCUCCUCCUCAAGCUUUAGCCCCUCAGCCUGCUCCUGGAGCUCCGCCAGCAGACGAGCCAGAAAAGGAGGCGCAAGCAGGUCCAUCAGGAGGAGGAGGAGGAGGAGAGGGAGUGGAGAAUGAGGCAGAGAAGGAGCAGUCUAGCUACUGCUGCAAGGGGGAAACUCCUCGGUGGAUACGAGCUUGUAUGCACUACCGCUUCCCUGCCAGCAUCGACCCUUUCACUAACCUAAUGUACGUGCUGUGGAUGUUUUUGGUCUCUCUGGCAUGGAACUGGAACGUGUGGUUCAUCCCAGUGCGCUGGGCCUUCCCCUACCAGACUCCAGACAAUAUUUACUACUGGCUGCUGAUCGACUACCUGUGUGACCUCAUUUACAUCCUGGACAUAACCAUUUUCCAGCCGCGCCUGCAGUUUGUGCGAGGAGGGGACAUCGUGUGUGACAAAAAAGAAAUGAGAAAGAACUACAUGAAAACCAAACGCUUCAAAUUUGAUGUAGCCAGCCUUGUUCCCCUCGAGCUCCUCUAUUUUAAAACUGGCAUUGAACCUCUUCUUCGCUUACCCAGGCUGCUCAAGAUCAACUCAUUCUUUGAGUUUAAUGAGCGUCUAGAGGCCAUCUUGACGAAAGCUUACAUCUACAGGGUGAUCCGCACCACCACAUAUCUCCUUUACUGUCUUCACUGUAACGCCUGUCUAUACUACUGGGGCUCUGCCUUUAAAGGACUAGGAUCAACUAAGUGGGUGUACAACGGAGAGGGCAACAGUUAUAUUCGCUGUUACUACUUUGCGGUGAAAACCCUGAUCACCAUUGGUGGUCUGCCAGAUCCCACCACCCUGUUCGAGAUUGUCUUCCAACUCAUCAACUACUUUGUUGGAGUCUUUGCGUUCUCUAUCAUGAUUGGGCAGAUGCGGGAUGUGGUUGGUGCUGCCACAGCAGGUCAGACCUACUACCGCACAUGUAUGGACAACACUAUUAAAUACAUGUCCUCCUAUCGCAUCCCCAAAGACGUGCAGAACCGUGUCAAAACCUGGUACAACUACACCUGGCAAUCACAAGGCAUGCUGGAUGAGCAGGAGCUGCUGACUCAGUUGCCAGAUAAAAUGCGUCUGGACAUUGCUAUAGAUGUCAACUACUCCAUUGUCAGCAAAGUACCUCUUUUUCAGGGUUGUGACAGACAGAUGAUCUUUGACAUGCUGAAAAGCCUUCGCUCUGUUGUCUACCUGCCUGGAGAUUAUGUCUGCAAAAAGGGUGAGGUGGGCCGGGAGAUGUACAUCAUAAAGGCAGGGGAGGUGCAAGUGGUUGGAGGACCGGAUGGGAAGACAGUGUUUGUCACUCUCAGAGCAGGAUCGGUCUUCGGAGAGAUCAGUCUGCUUGCAGUAGGUGGAGGUAACAGGCGCACAGCGAAUGUAAUCGCCCACGGAUUUGCCAAUCUCUUCAUCCUGGACAAGAAAGACCUGAAUGAGAUCCUGGUCCACUACCCAGAGUCCAAGAAACUGCUCCGCAAGAAAGCCAGGAAGAUGCUCACCAAAGGAAAGAAGCCCGAGCCCAAAGAAGAGGCUAAGGAUCCUCCACCAGCCCCGGCGGCCCCUGUCAGGGCGGAAACCCCCAGACUGCUGAGAGCAGCCCUGGAGAUGACAGAGAGAUCCUCUGGACUUAAAGGAGCUCUGGCUAAAGUCAAAGAGAAAACCAGCAAGUCCAGUGUCUCAUUACAGCCCUCCAUCUCCUCCUCCCUGCCUCCGCUAUCUCCCACCUCCAGCUGCGGACCCGACAGAGACGUGGAUACACCAUCGUCACCUGUCUCUGCCAACUCUGCAACGUUUCGCUCUGCCUCCCGUUGCUGCAACUCAGUGAUGCCUUACUCUGGCAUCACAGAGCCACAGUGA